GCAGUGAUAGUCUCUUCCUCUCUCCCUAUCUGUAGUGUCAGUGGCAUCUACACUCAUCUAGAUCUACAAACCACAACUACAGAUCUAGUAAGAUUUUAUUGAUAUUGUUUACACCAUAAAUUGCAAAAUUUUAGAUUAAUGCCACGUGUAAAAUUUUUAUUGGCUGGAGGAGUUUUGAGCCAUGUCAGAUUCAGAUCCUGGGCCCCAUGACAGAUCAGCACGUGAGUUGGCAAGAUGAGAGAGAUAAAGAUAAUGUUGAGUAAUUAUCUUUUGAAACAGAAAGAGAUAAUGGCAGUUGGCAAGAUAGGGGAGGAUCACAUUUAAAAAGGAGAUUUUAUCUGAUAAAGUUCAGGUGGCAAAAUCUGAAAGGAGUUUAGACUAGGUCAAAGGGUGAGGUGUCAUACUACUCCAACAAACUACCUAGGAUUGAGUAACUGCCGGCACAAAGAGGAACAAAAAGGGAACUUCAGCACAGAAGGAGGACACGGCCAGCCCUACUCAAACAAUUGCAACUUUUCAUGCUUUGAUUUUCUCUGCACAUGCUUCCAGAUUUUGGUUUUUCAGCACAGAUUUCGUAUUUCAGCACAGAUUCCAUUAGAAUUAGUUUUUUUUUUUUUUUAAAUGCUUCAUGCUUAAUUAUUUUGGAAAAUUUUCUGUUUUUUUCAUAAUUGCUUUGUUGAGACAUGGAAGAGAGGGAGCUUGCAGAAGAUGAGGAAGUGCAGGAAGGCUUACAAGAAAAGGAACCCACAGUUGCAAAAAUGUUUCAAAAACUGCCUACAAAACGAAAGGGCAUGACUCUAGAGAGAUUGAAAGAUGCUGCAUCAGGGAAGAAAAGGCGGAUGGAAGAAGAGGCUUAAUGUUUUGCAGGCAAGUAAGCAUAAAUUUAGAUAAGUUUAGGGCGCUGUCUUGUGUGGUUACCAGCAGUUUUAGACAUAUAAGAAUGUGAAUUAGAUUUUUGUUUAUGAAUUAUUAGAAUGAACAUGCAAAAUUUAG